CUUUGCCCGCUCUCUCCCCGACCAUGCAGAUGGGGACGAUCGCCCGCUGGGAGAAGAAGGAAGGGGACAAGAUCAGCGAGGGGGACCUGAUAGCCGAGGUGGAGACAGACAAAGCGACGGUGGGGUUCGAGUGCAUGGAAGAGUGCUACCUGGCCAAGAUCCUGGUGGCGGAAGGGACACGGGACGUUCCCAUCGGAGCCAUCAUAUGCAUCACAGUGGACAAGCCAGAGCUUGUUGAUGCCUUCAAGAACUUUGCCUUGGAUUCUGCGGCCCCCGCAGCCUCAGUGCCUCCCCCUCCACCGGCGGCAGCAGCACCAGCGGCUCCCCCCACACCGCCACCAGCUCAGCCUUCCGCUCAGGCUCCGGGCAGCUCUUUUCCUCCCCACAUGCAGAUCAUGCUCCCCGCCCUCUCGCCCACCAUGACGAUGGGGACCGUUCAGAGGUGGGAGAAGAAAGUCGGUGAGAAGCUGAGCGAAGGAGACUUGCUGGCCGAAAUUGAGACCGACAAAGCAACGAUAGGCUUUGAAGUACAAGAAGAAGGAUAUUUGGCCAAAAUCUUGGUGGAAGAAGGCACGAGGGACGUGCCGUUGGGAACGCCGCUCUGUAUCAUUGUGGAGAAGGAGUCGGACAUUCCAGCGUUUGCUGACUACAAGGAUGUCGGAGCUGCUGACGUCAGGCCCCCAACCCCACCGAGGGCCUUGCCUCCGAGCCCUGCGGCCGCUCCUCCACCGCCCCCGUCGGCAGCCCCCGCUUCAGUUAAACUGAGCACGCCUAGAGGCCGGGUGGUCGUCAGCCCCCUGGCAAAGAAGCUGGCGGCAGAGAAAGGAAUUGACCUGUCACAAGUGAAAGGCACGGGACCAGACGGGCGGAUCACAAAGAAAGACAUCGAAUCGUUUGUGCCAUCCAAGGUUGCCCCGGCCCGGGCACCUGCAGCAGCUCCUUUGGCUGCACCGGCGGCAGCUGCUGUGGCCCCUUCCAUAGGCGCCUUCACCGAUAUUCCAAUCACCAAUAUUCGCAAGGUGAUCGCUCAGCGCUUGAUGCAAUCCAAGCAAACGAUACCUCAUUACUACCUCUCUGUUGAUAUCGACAUGGGAGAAAUCCUGGUGCUAAGGAAAGAGCUCAACCAGGAGACGCCGGAGAAGGUUAAGCUCUCUGUCAACGACUUCAUUAUUAAGGCCGCAGCGCUGGCUUGCCUGAAGGUGCCUGAAGCAAAUUCCUCUUGGCUGGACACAGUCAUUAGGCAGAAUCACGUGGUGGACGUCAACGUUGCAGUCAGUACCCCAGCGGGGCUCAUAACUCCAAUUGUGUUUAAUGCGCAUAUAAAGGGACUGGCUUCCAUUAACCAAGAUGUUGUGACGUUGGCCGCCAAAGCUCGCGAGGGCAAGCUCCAGCCGCAUGAAUUUCAGGGUGGAACUUUCACGGUCUCCAAUUUAGGGAUGUACGGCAUCAAGAACUUCUCUGCCAUCAUCAAUCCUCCACAGGCUUGCAUUUUGGCCGUUGGUGCUUCUGAGAAACGGCUGGUGCCGGCAGAUAAUGAAAAGGGGUUCGACGUGGCCAGCGUGAUGUCAGUGACCCUGAGCUGCGACCACCGUGUUGUGGACGGGGCUGUCGGAGCCCAGUGGCUCGCCGAGUUCAAGAAGUUCCUGCAGAAGCCGGCCACCAUGUUGCUAUAAUCCCCACCUCCCC